AUGCUGCAAGGUGCACUCUCGAUUCCACCAGCUUCUACAAAGAUUUAUCAAGUCGGGUGGAACAAGGUUAGUGAAAUUUCACCAUUGAUUUGCAAUCUGAGUUCACUUUCUGAACUUGAUUUGUCCCACAACAACUUGAGAGGCAUUCUCCAUCCAUGCUUAGGAAAUUUUAGUCCUUUUUUGUCAGUACUUGAACUACGAAGUAACAACUUUCAUGGCACCAUCCCCAAAACAUGGGCAAACAGUAGUAGCUUAAGGGUUAUUGAUUUAAGUCAAAACCAAUUAGAGGGUCCUCUGCCAAGAUCACUAGCAAAUUCUGCAAUGCUAGAGUAUCUUCAUGUUGGUAACAAUAAGAUCAUUGGUACUUUCCCAUUUUGGCUGAGAACCCUUCCCCAAUUGAAGGUUCUUGUUCUUCAUUCCAAUGGAUUCUAUGGAGCAAUAAGAAGUUCUGAAUCAAAUUAUACAUUCCCCAAGUUGCGUAUCAUUGACCUCUCUUGCAACAAUUUUUCUGGACAUUUGCCUGCAGAGUACUUCCUACAUUGGACUGCCAUGAAAGCUGCUGAUGCCAAUCAAUUAAAGUACAUGAUUGCAAGGACUACUGGAGAUUGGUGGUAUUCAGAUUUCGCUUACUCGAUUGCAAUAGCAAACAAAGGCAUAGAGAUAGAAUAUCAAAAGAUCCAAGAUGUCUUCACAGUCAUUGAUUUCUCAAGCAACAGAUUUGAAGGAGAAAUCCCAUAUCUCUUAGAGAGUCUGAAAGGGCUUUAUUUGCUCAAUCUUUCUAACAAUGCUUUCACUGGUCAUAUCCCAUCGUCCCUAGGGAACUUGACACAACUAGAAUCAAUGGACCUUUCUCGAAACAAGUUGUCCGGAAUUAUACCUCCACAACUAGCGGAGCUCAAUUUUCUUUCAUCUUUUAAUGUCUCCAACAAUCGGCUUACAGGACCUAUACCACAUGGAGAACAAUUUGAUACAUUUGAGAAUAGUUCAUUCAGUGGUAAUCUGGGAUUGUAUGGAAAACCAUUAUCAAAGCAAUGUGACACGUUGCCACCUUCAACCUCUGAAGAGAAUCAAGGUUCAGAGUCUUCACUUGAAUUUGAUUGGAAAGUAGUUGUGAUGGGAUAUGGAUGUGGCUUGGUAGUGGGAGCUGUUAUAGGAAAAUUUGUGACUAUAAGGAAGUUCAUGAGGUCUUCUGUAAAGAGGCAGCAAACUCCAAGAUGGGUGAAUCGGAGGAUGUAA